AUGACAACAAGAAAUUCCGUCCACCAUCGACCAAAAUUCCUCCAUUUAGAAGCUUUUGUUGCUGAUCAAAGAAUCAGCUCCAGCGACGAAGAUGAUUUUGAUAACUUCGAGAUGAUCAAAUUCGACAUCUGGAACACCAACGACGAUUAUCAUAUCAACGCACAAAUCCCCAUCUCGAAAUCAAUGGUUACCUCAAGAAAACAACCAAUAAAACCUCCACGAAGCAACCAAAGAGCGCUGCCCAGCGCUGGAUCAUUGCCAGUCAACGUACCGGACUGGUCAAAGAUCCUCCGUGAUGCUUACAAACAAUCAGACAGCGAUCAUUUUGAUGACGACGAUAGUCAUGGUGGCUGUGAUGAUCACUGGUUGCCACCACAUGAGUAUUUAUCGAGGAUUAGGAGUGCUUCUCUUUCCGUACAUGAAGGUGUUGGAAGAACUCUUAAAGGGAGAGAUUUGAGUAGACUUAGAAAUGCCAUUUGGAAGCAAACUGGUUUUGAACAAGAUUAG